AAAUGUCUCGUAGAGGCGUAGCGUGUUGAUCAUUACUGCUGUGCAGAAGUGUAAAAUACUGCCGGUAGAACAUCUAGUACUCUCGUGCAGAAAGAGGGCGGGCUCGUUCCCCUUUAAGCCGCUAGGCACAGGUUGUAUUUACCGGCAAGACUAUCUGAAGUUACGCACGUACGGAUACAUGGUGAAACACAUGAGAGGAACGAGCUACAAAAGGGAAAUAUUGGGAACACGGGUAUGUACAAGUGAUGAAAUGUCAUCUUUAGAGGAUAUUUUAUCCGGUAACCAGUGCCCAACUGCUGUCUUUACGUCCCAAGGCACUGAUGUAACUCCAAAGAAGGACCGUGGAGUAUGCAAGAUUGUGAAACAGCAUGGUGCGGAGGGUGAAAGACCGAUGAUUGGGGACAAAGUGUGUGUCCACUACACAGGAAAACUACUCAACGGAAAGAUGUUUGACUCCAGCCUUGACCGCAAAGAACCUUUUGUUUUCAACGUGGGCAAAGGUCAGGUAAUCAAGGCGUUGGACAUUGGCGUAUGUUCCAUGCAGAAAGGAGAGGUGUGCGUACUGCUUUGUAAACCCGAAUAUGCGUAUGGUUCAGCUGGUAGCCCCCCUAAAGUUCCUCCUAAUGCAACUCUCCUGUUUGAGAUCGAGCUACUGAGCUUCAAGGGGGAGGAGCUAACAGACGAUGGCGGAAUCGUUAGGAGGAUAAAGGUCAAAGGUGAAGGCUAUUACAAUCCAAAUGAAGGGGCCACAGUCCACGUACACUUGAAGGGUUGGUGCGGAGGCUGUUUGUUUGAUUCUCGUGAUGUCACAUUUGUGGUGGGUGAAUCAGAGGACGUGGGUGUACCCCUGGGAGUGGACAGGGCCAUGGAGAAAAUGCAAAAGGGGGAAUGCUGUCUGUUAUACCUAAUACCCAAGUACGGUUAUGGCAAAGAGGGCAAGAAAGAAUAUAACAUUGGAUCAAAUGCAGAACUGCUAUAUGAAGUCACACUUAAAGACUUUGAAAAGGCCAAAGAUUCCUGGGAAAUGGACCUUAAGGAAAAACUUGAACGUGCCGAUUUGGUCAAACAAAAAGGGACACAGUAUUUCAAGGCUGGACGGUACAACCAUGCUGUAAUUCAGUACCAACAGAUUGUAAACUGGUUAGAGAUGGAGUGUGGGACAAAGGAGGAGCAGCAACAAGUCAUCCAAUCUCUUCUGUUAGUGGCCCAUCUGAAUCUCGCACUGUGCUACCUGCGUUUGCACGAGUACUCUCAGACCGUGGAAAACUGCAACAAGGUGAUGGAGCUGGACUCAGAUAAUGAGAAAGCUCUAUAUCGGCGAGGUGAAGCGCGCCUUUUGCGGAACGAGUACAGCAUGGCCCUCAUGGACUUCAGGCGGGUUUUGCAAGUCAACUCCUUCAAUCAUGCCGCCCGAAGCCAGAUCGCCAUUUGCCGGCGCAAGAUUCGUGAGCAUCACGAGCGUGAUAAGAAGAUCUAUGCAAACAUGUUCCAGAGGUUUGCAGAACACGAUGCCAAGGUGGUCACAUUAAAAAGGAAGAAGGAAGACAGUGUACAUUCAGAUCAAAAUAAGCCGAGCCUAAAGAGACCACAUUUGAUUGAAAAUGGCUCCUAAGGUUUCAGAUGCGAUCCAGGAGACCCCAUUGAUGGGGUUAGGCUGGGACUUCCUCGCUGAAGCCACAAGAGAGGUGACGUAUAGGGGCGUUGAUGUACCCCUAUGCACUUUGAUGACCUAUGACCUCAAUAUCCUAAGACUGAAACAACAGAUGUUGGAGAAGAUUCUAACUAAGGUUUAUGGGCACUGAAGAGCUUCAAGCUGAAAUGACAUUCCUACAAAAAAAAAUCAACAUAAACAUCCAAAGCGCACAAGUCUGUGACCAUCUGUAAACCGCAGUGGUGCAUGCCUCAGCCCUAAAAAGGCAUUCAUCAGUUGCAUUUAUGUGAUAUCAUAUGGUUUGAUAUACUUCAUUAUAGACUUGAAUACAACGUCGUACCUUGACUUGUACUGUAUGGUAUUCAGUUUAACCGCAUUGGCGUGCAUAAUCAGAUUAGGGGAUUACAUUUGCAGCGGCGAGGCGUCUACUGGAGACUUGAUGUUUUUUGUAUAGUAUUUGUAUAGGUGUGUAUGAUAUGAUAAUAUACUAGAUACGGAUAGCUGGACCUAGAAGUGCAAUCUUCCCACCGAAAAAACCUACUUUGCUGCUCUCCCAGCCGAAGGGUUUAGAGUUGCAACAAGCCUACAUCCACAUUUUUGAUACUUUUGAGACUUCUGCAUGCUUCUUGACUGCAUUCUGGGAACAUCCUAGAUUCGGGAAUAUAUUUCAACGGGUUAGUUUAAACCUGGAAUCUUUGACUGAAGUUCAUUGCCAAUAUUUUUUGAAUUAAGUUCCGUUAACACUUUGAAGCUUUGGGGCUCGGACGCUUUUUAGAUAAAUCUUUUGAAAAGAAAGGAAUAUUUCGAAUAACUGUCCUCUUGAAACCCACUUGUUUAUUCCUUUAAAUACUAACUAGUGCAGUUCGCAUGUUUUUUUCCACUUUGUUCCCCAUGUUUCAGAUAGAUUAAAUAAUAAUAAUAAUAAUAAAUGGUUUGUUAACAAUUUUGUGUUUACAGUUUGAUGCAUUACAGCUGGCCUGUCAAUAAAAAGAGAACAGACUGUUCAAA